AUGGCCGAUAUUGAAAAACACCCCGCGGGGCCUACAGUGAACGAUGACUUCGCGUCAAACCCCAUAGUCAAUGCCGACAAACUUGCUCGCCGCUUGUCUUCCAGACAAGUGCAGAUGAUUGCUAUUGGUGGUACUAUCGGCACCGGUCUUUUUCUCGGAACGGGUACAUCGAUCGCUACGGGCGGUCCUGCCUCGACGCUGAUUGCUUAUGCUAUUUGCGGUGCUAUUGUCUUUAUCACUAUGCUCUCUCUCGGUGAGAUGGCGGCUUUCAUGCCCGUUGCGGGUUCGUUCUGUACUUAUGCUGGUCGCUUUGUUGAUGAUGCGCUGGGUUUUGCUUUGACCUGGAAUUACUGGUUUAAUGAUGCAGUUUCAACCGCGUCAGAUAUCAUUGCCCUACAGCUUCUGUUACAGUACUGGACGGAUAAUUUCCCAGGCUGGGCAAUCAGUCUUAUCUUUCUGCUUGUCGUGAUUGCCCUGAAUGUCAUGUCAGUCAGGGUUUACGGCGAGAUUGAAUAUUGGCUGAGUUUACUCAAAGUCAUCACGAUUAUUAUCUUCAUCAUUCUUGGAAUUGCUGUCAACUGCGGCGGAAACAAAGACCACGAAUACAUCGGUGGCAAGAACUGGCUGAAAGGUGAUGCACCCUUCGUCGGCGGAAUCGGCGGCUUUGCAUCAGUCUUCGUCACAGCCUCUUUCGCAUUCGGCGGCACCGAGUCCAUCGCCAUCACAGCCGGAGAGACCAAAAGCCCCGCCAAGACCAUGCCCAAAGUCGUCCGCAACGUCUUCUGGCGCAUCGUCCUCUUCUACCUCCUCUCCAUCCUAAUCGUCGGCCUAAACGUCCCAUAUGACUACCCAGGCCUCUCAGACGGCAACACGAAAACCAGCCCCUUCACGAUCGUCUUCCAACAAGCCGGCUCCGCCGUCGCAGGCAGUUUCAUCAACGCCGUAAUCAUGACCUCCGUCAUCUCAGCCGCCAACCACGCCCUUUUCGCCGGCUCCAGACUUCUCUUCACCCUCGCCGUCGACGGCUACGCCCCCAAGUUCUUCGGCCAUCUCAACCGCUUCCAAGUCCCCUGGGUCGCUGUCCUCGCCACCUCCGUCAUCAGCGGCCUCUGCUUCGGCGCCAGCUAUAUCGGCGCCGGCAAGCUGUGGUCCUGGCUGCAGAAUAUCGUCGGCGUCUCCAAUCAGCUCUCUUGGAUCUGUAUCGGUCUUGCUUCGCUGCGGUUCCGCUCUGCGGUGCGUGCGCAGGGCAUUGAGCAUCUUCUUCCCUUUAAGAAUUGGACGUAUCCGUACGGGCCGAUUUUUGCAGUGGGGUUGAACAGUGUUCUGGUUCUGGUGCAGGGUUGGAAGUGCUUUAGUCCGCAUUUCAAGGAUGUCGACUUUGUUUCGUAUUAUAUUGAGAUUCCAAUCAUGAUUGUCAUGUUCUUGGCGUGGAAGUUGGUCAAAAGGACCAAGUUUGUGAGGAAGUCAAAUAUGGACUUGAGGACUGAUCGCUAUGAUCCUUCUCAGGAGGAUGAUGGGCCGCUUGGUCAGGUUACGGAGAAGAAGAUGGGCGUUUGGGGUAAAGUCCAACGUUUUGGCCAGUGGCUUUUCUUCUAG